AUGUCCGAUUUUUCCAAACUAAAGCAGAAACGGAUGGCUAAAGAUACUCGCUCGCUCGCAAAUCGGCGCGUUGAACCAGAUGUUCAACCCACCUCAAAUAAUCCUGGAGGAGGAGGAGACAAAAGCAUGUUUCCUCUGCCGAACAGUGACCUGUAUUCCUCUCUUCCGUCGUCACUGCACGUUCGAGCCAGCAAAGAGGCAAAUGGGAACGGACGGGGAAUCCACACCAGUUCUUAUCGCAAGCCGGGCGAAGUUCUGUUUUCCAUUAGACCACACGUUGCGGCGUUGUCAAACGACCAUCUAGAAGGAUAUUGUUCGAAUUGCUUUGGUCCUGGAAGUGGCUCUCUGCGACGAUGCACAGCUUGCAAAAUUGUGCAUUACUGCGAUUCGGCAUGCCAAAGUGCUGACUGGUCUCUGCACAAGCAAGAAUGCGCCGCGGUCCAGAGAUGGUCAUCGUCCAAUCUGGGCACCAUACCUGGCGACGCCAUUCGGUGUCUAGGAAGGAUUCUCUGGAGGAGGCAAAAACGCGAACGUGAAAGCAUAUGGGCACGGGAGAUUGACGCGAUGGAAUCUCACCGAACCUCGCUCAGCAAAGACCCAAAUUCACGCGACUCGCAGGUAUACACACAACUCGCGCAUGCCAUCGUACGCUUCAUUGGACUGAACUCUCCUCAAGAACUCGCAGAAUACGGGGUAGACAGUGCCGCGGAUCUUGUGGAUCUUGUAUCUCGGUUCACAACCAACACGUUCACUAUCUCAACACCCACCUUGACGUCUCUUGGAGCAUGUGUUUCCCCUCUUAUUGCCUUGAUCAACCAUUCUUGUGACCCCAAUGCCGUCGUGGUCUUUCCACGGGUUUCCAGCAAGGACCAAGAGCCCUUGAUGCACGUCAUUGCGUUGAAGCCCAUUGAGCCCAAUCAAGAGAUUCUCACUGCAUAUGUCGACACGACCCUUCCUCGAGACGUCAGACAGAAGAUGCUCCGUGAAACGUAUCAUUUCACGUGUCGCUGCCAACUGUGUACUCCUCCACCGGAAUGCCCACUUGAUCUACGCGAAGCUAUGUUUUGUGCCAAGAAAUGUGGUGGAAUGUGCCUUGUACCAACUGAAGCGAACAGCUUGACGCGUUGUACGAAGUGCAAGAGCCCAGUCAAGGAUACCGACGCAGUGCUGGAUGCCAUUCGUGUUGGGCAAGAGGCACUAGAUAAGGCGGAAGCUCUGCAAUUCUCAAAUCCUCAGAAGUCUAUCCAACUGACCACGAAGCUCAUACCGAUCUUGACAUCAGCAGGGCUCGUCCCUGCAUCGCAUCCAUUGCUCGCGCUCUGCCGUCUGAACACAUCGCUGCUUAUCACACACCUCCCAUCCAUGGAUCCGAGUACUGAGGAAAUACGAUCACCAGAAAUCCAGGAUGCCUCUCCCGGAGUGUCGCAGACACUGACCCCAAAGGAAGUCCAACAAGCACUCGACGACGCCAUUCGCGCUGCGACUCGCUCCGGUACGGGGCUUUCACAUCUGCUCGUCGAGGGACAUCCAGUGCGCGGCAUCGCAUUCGCAGAGCUGGGCAAGCUGCUCAGUGUCGACGAACCGGCUCCUGCAGACGUUGAGCCCGGUCCUCCUCAGCCUCAGCCCCUGGGAAUGCAUAUCAAGCCUCCUGUCUACCCUCCGUCAGGUCCGCAGAGACUUAAGCUCGCGUAUGAGAUGCUUGUGCGGGCGCGUAACGAGCUGAUGAUAGGGUUUGGAGGAGGGAAGAACGAAGGGGGUGAGGUUGGAAGAAAUGUUAGGCAGCUGGUGGUUGACCUGGAGAAGGAGUUGAACGUAUGGAAGACGGGUGUCAGGAACGUCAUUCAGGACCAGCCAAGGCCCGUGUCUGGGAAGUAA